CAUGGCUUUACUCUGACGUAUAACGCGUGAUGACGAAAACGGAAGCUAAAGCGAAGCCCACAAGCGAUGUAAUUCACCCAAAGCUUUCCUUCUCUGUCUUUUAAAACUCCACGCUUUGGACAAAUAACAUCGACAAUAGCCCACCUGUCCCGUCGUCAAACAAACGAUCCAGCAUGUCGAAGCAGACUCUGGGGAAGAAAUAUCUAAGAAAUAUCAUCCGCCAUACCGAUGCUCACAACAAGAUCCAGGAAGAGACCGAGAUGUGGAAGAUGCGAGACAUGGAAGUCAAUCACGUGAGCGACGAAAAGACAACCAGGGGUCACAUGCACUGUGAUCGAAUGUCCUAUCAGUCCAGAGUCUCCUCAGAUCACGAUGACAGGGAGGCUCGAUACUGGACGCGUAAGCUCUAUGAAUUCGAGGACAACGAUCCAGACAGAUGGGGACACAGUGGCUUCAAGGAGCUUUAUCCAGAGGAGUUUGGGAGUGACAGUGGUAAAAGCAGCUCAAGCAAGAAGACAGAGCAGCACAGACACAAAGAGUCCAGGUCAAGACACUCCAAAAGAUCUUCCCAUAAGAAGAAGAAGAGGAAGAAAGAGGCGGAGGAGGGAAAGCGGAAAAGGUCUGAGUGGUCGUGCGCCGAUAGAAGAAGCGAUGACGACGGCGGCGGCAACGCGGACAAAGACAAGGAGAGGGAGACGAAAAGCCGACAUCGGAGUAAGAAAAGCGACAAAACGAGGGAGAGGAGGGACGAGGCGAGCGAGGACGAGGGCCGCGGCCGACGGACGCACAGUCACAAAAGGAGAAAUCCGGACUCUCACAAACGCUCCGACUCGAAGAAGAAGCGGAGAAAAGACUGGCGAGCGGCGGGCGAGAAGAGCUCAGAUGAAAGCUCUGGAGAAUAAGGCUGGCAGGGAAUAUCCUCACCUCAGGUCUUUUUCAACACUCUAUGGACCAUUCCAUCACUUUUUACUCUUUAGAACCUCUCAACUCGGGCUUACCGUUUUUUUUAAAAUUGUAUUUUAACAUUGGAUUACCAGCAUUUUUUACAGGCGUGCACAUGAAUUGUUCAUAGUCAUGAAUGUGAGUCAAUGUGUCCUGUGAUUACAUGGUGUGUCCUCCAGCUUGUCCAUGGACAGAACAAGUGCUAGGAAAAUAAAUCAAAGCUGGAUAUUUUAUUUUUUUUAAAGUGGAUUUUUCUGAUUUUAAAUGCCGUUUUUUUUGUUUGUUUUUUGCAACUGAAGCCUCACGCACUCUUAAUAUAAUA